AUGGAGCCGCAACAGCAGCAGCAGCAUGCUCCGGGCGGGCACUACUCGGGCCAUAAUCCCAUCCCUACCGUCCGCCAGUUUGUUGACAACUUGGACAAGGACAAGAGGGCGCGCGACAAGAAGUUGGACGAGCAAGCUGCCAAUAAUCAACAGCCAGCCACACAGGAUGCAAAACCACAUCAACAGGCAGAGCGACAAGUAAAGGGUACGGAAAAGACAGUCACGGAUCCAACAACGGGCAGAGAAGUCGUCAUUGCCGAUGUCAACAAGGAUAUGAUCAACGAAGUCGAGAAUCCCUAUGUCGUCGUGCCCAACGCGAACCUAGACAAGGACACUCCCAUAAAGACAGACGCCUCACAGUCGCUCGGAGAUUACAAGUACAAUCAGGAUGUUACGGCACCGCCAGACCCGGUUGCCGAAGGCACUACAACUGAUGUGCCUAUUCACGGCGAGAAGACCAAUGUGCUUUUCCACCCAACACCUUCGGUCAGCUUUGAGCCCAUGUUUGCGGCUUUGGAGACACGCGCCAACAUGCUUUGUGUCGGCAUACUCGUUACCACUGUGGUUGUCGGCAAGAUUUUUGGCGGCGCUCUCAAGGGCCUCAUCCCAUUAGGUAUGUGCCUGGCUUCUGGCGUUUAUCUCUGGAUGAAGGAAGUCAUUCGCAGUGGAAGAGAAGUCGAGUGGGACAGCGAGAAAGUGCGGGGCCAGAUGGCCUCUCUGAACUUACUACCCGAAUCAGUGGAAUGGAUGAACACGCUGCUUGGUAUCGUCUGGGGUCUCAUCAAUCCUGAGAUGUUCUCCGGUGUCGCUGACACCCUCGAGGAUGUCAUGCAAGCAUCUGUACCUGGAGUCAUCGAGAACGUCCGUGUCGCCGAGAUCAACCAGGGAAGCAACCCGUUACGCAUUCUCAGCUUGCGAGCACUUCCGGACUCGCACAUGGGUGAUAUGAAGCAAUCGAUCCACGAAGAGAACAAAAGAACAAAGGACCCCCAAGAAGCAGCCGCAGACGAAGAGGGUGGUGACUACUACAACUUGGAGAUUUCUUUCGCCUACCAUGCUAGCCCUAGCGGCAAGCGGGUAUCCGAAAGGGCUCGCAACAUGCACAUGCAGCUGGUAUUCUACUUGGGCAUCAAGGGUCUCUUCGGUGUACCGCUGCCCAUCUUUGUCGAACUGCAAGGCCUAGUCGGCACUGUACGCCUCCGCUUAAACAUGACUCCCGAGCCACCCUUCCUCAAAACCUUGACCUUCACCCUGAUGGGUGCUCCGCAAGUGACCGCCGGAUGCACGCCCAUGGUUGAGAAGGGGGUCAACAUUCUGAAUCUGCCACUUAUCAGCAACUUUGUCAACUACGCCAUCAAAGCAGCAGCAAGCAUGUAUGUUGCGCCCAAGUCCAUGUCCAUCGAUAUGCGAGCUAUUCUUCAAGGUGACUCCGUUCAGAAGGACACUGAAGCUCUUGGUGUUCUCUGGAUCCGUAUUCAUCGCGCCGUCGGUUUGAGCAAGCAAGAUCGGCGUGGAUCAAAACAUGGUGGUAGCGACCCCUACAUCACAAUUGCCUUUUCGAAAUACGGAAAACCCAUGUACUGCACCCGAGUCAUCACAGACGAUCUCAACCCCAUAUGGGAGGAAACUACAGCUGUUCUAGUCGGCCCGGAACUAAUCAAAGCAAACGAAAAUCUCAGUGUUGAGCUUUGGGACAGCGACAGGCAUUCGGCUGAUGACAUUGUUGGCAAAGUCGAAAUAUCAAUGCAAAAGAUGAUUCAGCAUCCGGGCAAGAUGUAUCCUCAGACCUCUAAGCUAGCCGGUAUGGAAGCUGAUAGCGAAAUGCCCGGGGAGCUUCACUGGGAAGUGGGCUAUUUCAGUAAACCCAAGUUCAGGAAAGAGAUGAGAACUGAUGGCAAGAACAAGGCCCUUCCGGAUGAGCUGAAAGACCACCCCGCACUGCAAGAUGAAAAAGGCGUGAUAAACUCCGAAGAAGACGACGCAGUCAUGCACACCCCGCCUGAUCCUCUUUGGCCUAGCGGAAUCUGCAGUGUCAUUGUACAUCAGAUUGUGAACUUGGAGCUCGAGAAUAUCAAGGGUAGUGAAGAUCCCAAAGGCCGCGAGUAUGAACCUGCCAAACCUUAUGGUGAGGGUAAAGAGGAGGUUGGUGGAAACCUCCCUACCAGCUAUUGCACCAUUCUGUUCAAUGACGAGCUCGUUUACCGGACACGUGCCAAAGCGGUCUCUUCGCAGCCAAUUUUCAAUGCGGGAACCGAACGAUUCAUUCGUGAUUGGCGAUCAGCUAUCGUCACUAUCACUGCGCGAGAUCAGCGAAACCGGGAACAUGAUCCCAUUUUGGGUGUAGUACCUUUGAAGCUUUCUGACAUCCUUGAGACAUCCUCUCAAGUUACACGCUGGUAUCCGCUCGAUGGCGGUAUCGGUUUCGGCCGCAUACGCAUUUCUCUUCUGUUUCGCAGUAUCGAGACCCGCUUGCCUCCUCAGAUGCUUGGCUGGGAUGUUGGUACUUUCGAGUUCCGAUCUCAACGCAUUCUGGCCGUGGAAUAUGGACAUCAUCCCAAGCUUCGCAUGCGAACUGGUGGCAGUACUGGCAAAAUCAGUCGCAAUGCUGCCCGCAAGCUCUCUGAAGGCGAUGGGUCCCCGAUCGUCUUCGAGUUCCACAUUGCCAACCAUCGAAAGGCAGACGCCUAUGCUGUGAUCUGGCUGCAACAUUUCAUCGAUAAUGAAGAUGCCGAUAUCAAUAUUCCAAUUUGGAAGACGGCUGCUCCUGCCCGAAUCACUCAGAACUACAUCACCGAGGAAAACUGUCACAAAGAGCCCGGCCUUGAAGAUCUGCAGGAAGUUGGUCGUCUCCAAUUCCGUGCUCGAUUCAAGGCUGGUACCGACGACUCCCACGCCGCUUUCGUAACCGAUAAUGAUACACGCGAAACCUAUGAAACUUGGGAAGCUUGUGUCACAGAAGGCGUACGGAACCACAAAGUUGAGAAAGAGCUACCGGACCGUGUGCAAGAGUUACACGAAAAGUCAUUGGUUGCAGGUCGUGAUAUUCUCAAGAAUGCGACCGAAGAGGAGAAGCGGAGGUGGCUUGCAAAAGACGGACAGGAUUGGUCAGGCGCUUUUGGUGAUAACCCCAAGGCAUACAUGAACACCAGACGCCAGAAGAGACGCGAGCCCGGUGUUGAGGAACCACUCCACGACCGCCAUCAUCCGUCCGACAAUGAAGAUAAUGAUGACUCCGACGACGAUUAUGGCGAAGGGGACUCCUCGUCUGAUAUCGGCGUUGAAGACGCUGAGACAGCAGGCAACGCAAAAGCUAUGAGCGGUGGUUCUGGUGGAGGUAACCAAAGCAAAUCCAACGGCCAACUCAAAACACAGAAGACGGACUUGUCGCCCACUGAUGAUCAUCUGCCUCGCCAGUCGGAGUCUACAGCGCGUACUAGCACCACCAGCGGGACAGACGAUACAUCGUCGAGCAGGGAUAUUAACAAGCAGAACAAGAGAGCCGAAGAGAGGAAGCAUCGAGGACUGAUGCAAUGGAAACCGGCGCGAAAUGUCAAGUUUGCGAAGGAUGAAGCCAAGAUUGGGCUGUCUAAGCUCAAGAAGAGAGUUACUGGAGGCUUGGAUGGAAGGCAGCCUGGUGUUGAGACUGAAACUGGCUAA